AGACUCCACUCAGUGAAUCUUCAGUGGAAGGCACCUCGCGAGGCAAGAGGAGCAUGGCCCACCUCCGCCAUCGCCACUCCCCAUCCCUGUCCCUCACUCAAUUCUGCUUGUGUGCUCCCCAAUCACUGCCAUUUCCUGCAUACUGAUGUCCAUGGACCUCAUCUUUUCCCUGAUUAUGGCUUCAGUUCAUUCCAGAUUCUACGACUAGGCACCACGCUCUGCGUCUUCAGUCGUAACGACUGUCACGUUCAGGAUUUCCUGAAUACUACAUGCCCCCGCAUUGCUGGUGCUGGUGCUGCCCACCGUCACCGCAACUGGAGGCUCCAGGAGGCAUGGAGCCGCGGCCGCGACUGGGCGGGUUGGUGCGCGGCGUAGAUCUGAGGUGGUGGUGAAGGGAGUGGGAGGAGUGCGGGCGGUGGCGGGGAAUUGCGGGUGGGUGUUGGGCGGAAAUGCGCGUGGCGUCGCAGUGAUGCCGCCACUGACUGGGGAUGGGGGUGCGAGAGUGGCGAGGAAUGUGAGGCAGGUGCGCGAUCUGUGCACUCGGUGCGUGGGGUCGGAGGAGUGCGAGGGGGAUGGGGAGAAGGCGGGGAGCGGGGACGGCUAUGUGGGGUCAUCGGAGAAGAAGUUUCUGACGCUGCCGACGAUUCUGACGUUGGCGCGAGUGGCCGCGGUGCCUGCGUUGCUUGCUGUGUUUUAUUGUGAGGAAAAAUGGGCGACGACGGCAGGGGCGACCAUCUUUGUGGUGGCAGCCGUGACGGACUGGCUGGACGGGUAUCUGGCGAGAAAGAUGGGGUCGAGCUCGGAGUUUGGGGCUUUCUUGGAUCCGGUUGCAGAUAAGCUGAUGGUGGCGACCACAUUGGUGUUGCUGUGCACAAGACCUCCCGUAGCGGCGCUGGCGAAGGUGGGGCCUUGGCUGCUUCCGGUGCCAGCGAUCACGAUCAUCGGGCGCGAGAUCACGAUGUCGGCACUGCGAGAGUGGGCUGCAUCUCAGGGCGGAGACGUUCGGCAGAUGAGAGAGGUAAGGCGAGUGUGCGAGACUGACGAAGAGGUGGAGUUGCAGGCGGUGGCGGUGAACAGCUUGGGGAAAUGGAAGACAGCAGCACAAAUGGUAGCUCUGACGUUGCUGCUGGCGGGGCGGGAUGGCGGGGGAGGAGUCGCACUGGGAGCAGCAGGUGUGAGUCUGCUAUACGUGUCGGCAGGGUUGGCUGUGUGGUCGCUUGUGGUGUACAUAAGAUCGAUGUGGAACCGAUUAGCACAAUAGUGAUGCAAAAUGGAGGGUCCAGGGUGAUAGGAGUUGGUAGAGAGAGUAGAACCAAGGUGAAAUUUUGGAGCUGUACAUCGUGAGGAUGAACAUUUAACAACUAAGUAUACUACUUCAUUAAAAAGCGCAUCAAUUUGAGGAAUUUGGUUUUAUUUUGUUCUUUGAACUAUAUACUAAAUAUUAAUAGGAAAAAAUAUAAUUUUUA